GUCUCCCUGAGGAACCUGCUGGGAUAGAAUGGCCAGGACUGCGGGAAGGUUGAGGAGCCAGGGGCGUCUAGGAUGGUGCUCCCAGUUCAGUGUUGAAUCUGGGGCUCUGUCUGGCUUGGACUCUUCCUUGCUAACUGGGGAUUGGGCAGGGAGCUUGCUCCCUGAUUCCUUGGUGUCCCAGAAGAAGAGAUGUCCUCGUCUCACUGUCUACCUGGGGAAGCGGGACUUUGUGGACCACAUUGACCUCGUGGACCCUGUGGAUGGCGUGGUCCUGGUGGAUCCUGAAUAUCUCAAGGAAAGGCGAGGCCCCUCCUCAGUGCCCCUGCUCCUCACAGUCUACGUGACGCUGACCUGUGCCUUCCGGUAUGGCCGGGAAGACCUGGAUGUCUUGGGUUUGACUUUUCGCAAGGACCUGUUUGUGGCCAACGUGCAGUCCUUCCCACCGGCCCCCGAGGACAAGAAGCCACUGACACGGCUGCAGGAGCGGCUCAUCAAGAAACUGGGCGAGCAUGCCUACCCCUUCACCUUCGAGAUCCCUCCAAAUCUUCCAUGCUCAGUGACAUUGCAGCCAGGGCCUGAGGACACAGGAAAGGCCUGUGGUGUGGACUACGAAGUCAAAGCCUUCUGUGCCGAGAACCUGGAGGAGAAGAUCCACAAAAGAAAUUCAGUGCGGCUAGUCAUCCGGAAGGUUCAGUAUGCCCCAGAGAGGCCUGGCCCUCAGCCCACAGCCGAGACCACCAGGCAGUUCCUUAUGUCAGACAAGCCCCUGCACCUCGAGGCAUCUCUGGAUAAGGAGAUCUAUUACCAUGGAGAGCCCAUCAGCGUUAAUGUCCACGUCACCAACAACACCAACAAGACUGUGAAGAAGAUCAAAAUCUCGGUACGUCAGUAUGCCGACAUCUGUCUCUUCAACACAGCUCAGUACAAAUGUCCCGUGGCCAUGGAGGAGGCUGAUGACACGGUGGCUCCCAGUUCGACGUUCUGCAAGGUCUACACACUGACUCCCUUUCUGGCCAACAACCGAGAGAAGCGGGGCCUGGCCCUGGAUGGGAAGCUCAAACAUGAAGACACAAAUUUGGCUUCCAGCACUCUGCUGAGGGAAGGUGCCAACCGUGAGAUCCUGGGCAUCAUCGUUUCCUACAAAGUGAAAGUGAAGCUGGUGGUGUCUCGGGGCGGCCUGUUGGGAGACCUUGCAUCCAGUGAUGUGGCCGUGGAGCUGCCUUUUACCUUAAUGCACCCCAAGCCUAAAGAGGAGCCCCCACAUCGGGAAGUUCCAGAGAGCGAGACUCCAGUAGACACCAAUCUCAUAGAGCUUGACACCAAUGAUGACGACAUUGUAUUUGAGGACUUUGCCCGCCAGAGGCUGAAAGGCAUGAAGGAUGACAAGGACGAAGAGGAGGACGGCACUGGCUCCCCACACCUCAACAACAGAUAGACUGGGGCCAGCCCUCGCCCUGGCAGCUCCAGGUCCACGUUUGCACUCGGAUGCUUUCUCGUCUCCUCCCCGUUCUGGUUCCCCCUUCCCUCUUGUUCUUCCAGUUUCUACCAAGGGGCCCCAGUGGUCUUCCGAGUCUCGGCGAUGAGCCUCUGGCCUCAGGACUGGCCUCCUGUCACCAUGCCAGCAGGACCACAGCAUACAUCCUUCUCAGCCAUCUCUCUGCGAUCACCUGUCCACCCCCGUUUCCUGCUCCUUCCCAAAAAGGCCACACCACCUGGCCUUGGGAUUUGGCUUGAGUUGGGGAGCAGAAAGGGGAGGGUGUGUGGCCAGAAGGCCAAAGCGAUGGCGGGUAUGAAGAUGUGGAGACGUUGGGAAAGACGGAUUAAGACACACAGGAAGAUGCCUACCAUCCCAGGAGGUGACAGUUUUGGCAGCUAAAAGAUGAGUGUAUUGCAGGCUGGAGAGGACAAGACUGUGAAUGGAUUCUCAAUGCUUUUUUUGUGGUCUAGGCCCACCAGAGACUCCUUCCCCUCCAUCCUCAUUCUUGGUCCAUGUCCCAGUGUCUCAUGAGGGAGGCACACAGACUCCAGGCGUGAAGAGCAACGGUCUGACUUUCUAGCCAGUAGACGCCUAGAUUGAGGCAGGCUACAGAUGCACCCACACAUCUGUCACAGUACUGAGAGGAUGAGUCACCUUAGCUUUGUUGCAUUGUGUGUGGGGGCACAGAGCGGGGACGCGGGUCUCUAACAAACACCAGCCCCUAGCAGUGAGCCGAAGCCACUGAGAAGGUUGUCUGAAGGGGUUAAGAGAUGGGGCAGGGCAGCGGAUGAGCUUACAUCCUCCUUUCCCAUAGUGGCUAGUCCUGCAGGAGGCAAGGAUGGAGGGCCACAGGCAGCUGAAACCACCAGUAUCUUCCAGCUUCCUCCAGCGUGCCUGAAACGACCAUUUCUACUGCUAAGGGAGCCUAUCCCAGAAGGUGGCACCCAUCCAGAUGCACUCCCCUGUAGGAGAGUGUCUCCUCUCCUGGAGGAGUUGAUCUCAUUGAUGGGUACCCAGUAUCCAUCAGUUGGUGUUGGUGUGCUUGACGGGGGUAUCUCCUAGGGUAAUAGGGCAACAGGUGGUAAAACAGUACUCAAAGGUAUACUUGUUUGGUCUUUGAUGCUAACUUGUUGUGUGACCUCGGGCCAGUUCCCUCCCCCACUUUGGGCCUCAGUUUCUUCAGUUGGAAAGCCAGGAGGCAGACCAGAUGAUCCCAAGAGUUUCCAGCUCUGGUUUCUGUAAAUUUGUGGCUUUCUGAGCUCCUAGUCUACCAGGUGGGGCUGAGGCUGCCAACUGCCCCAUCUGCCUUUAGAGGAGAUUUAUGGGACCUCAGAGGACUCAGGGCUGGGCAGAGCACCGGGUGCACCUUCCUGACUAGGAAGGGCCAUCCUAGGACCCUAGUUGGCUUGUCUGAUGUCAAGUUGUGGUCACAGCCUCUGUGGAUCUCUCUGUCCCAGGGCUUAUAUUUGCUGAGGCUUGCAUGAGAAGUGUGUGGACAACCUUGGGUUUAUCAAAUAUAUUGAUUAGCAGGCAAGAGGAUCUCAUCUCAAUUUCUGUUCUCUUUUCUCAGUUCUAUACUUGCCUGAGAAGGGAGACCACGACUUUUGUUUGCUUCUGAGGCAGAAUAUCAUGUAGCUCCGGCUAGCUAUGAACCUACUAUGUAGCUGAGAAUGAUCUUGAAUUCUUGAUCCUCUUUUUCUCAAGUGUUAGGAUUAUAGGCAUGUCCCACUACCACUGGCUUCGCACUUUAUUUUGCAGAUCGGAUCCCAGCCGUUUUCAGUCCAACAUGUCCAGUAAUUGUAAUAGUUUCUCAUGGUGAAACGAUCCAGACUCACUGGCCCUGCACCUUUUAUGUCUCAUAAACGGUCAACUCAAGACACCUCUUUGCAGGUUAGAAGAGCCAGUUUGGGACAGUCGUAGUCCCUGACCAGCCCUGGGAUCAUAACUGCAGACUCUCCUGGCAUCCAGGCCCUGCCAGAGCUAGCUGGGUACUUUUGCACCUAUAGAGUUGAUAAAAAUCUUGAAGCAUUUAAGGCAAGCAUGUGCCUUCCGCUGGCUUCCACUAAAACCUUUGGAGCGGAUACAAGGCUGUUUAGCAUUUGGGCUAACCCCUCCCUGGCAAACCUCCCUCCCAUCCUUAGCUUGUACAGCCAAGGGUCUCUCAGGCAGAUUUCUUGAACUUCCUGCACCUCGGCAUCCCCACUCACCCUUCGGUUUACCCCACAGAUCAGCUGAAAUUCCUCCAGCUGCAGGGACGUCUCAGAGCUCUCUCUGUUUUGAGCUAGGACAGUCAAGGUGGUUUCCAGCCAAACGAUCCUUUGUUGACAGCUUUGUUCUUUUAUGCUGGGUGCUGUGGACACUGAGGUGGAUUUCCCCCUAGAAUCCCUGUCUGUAGAAAGCUGCUGGCGGCGGGGGGGGGGGGGGAGUGAGAGGCAGUACUGAUGGUGCUGGCUACAGCUAGUCCACGCAGUGGCCCUUCCAGGUGGAGUCAAUUACACCGUGGGAGUCUGGAAUUAGGUGCCACUUGCCUCUGCUUCACCGUAGUGUGCUGUCAUCCCGGGUGAGGUAUUUGGGCUAGCGUGUCUCUUUGGCCUCUUCAGUAAGAGGCUUAGAUCCCUUGUCUAGGCCUCUGCUGCAGACACCAGGCCUAGCCCCCAUCUCAUGACAUGGCCCAGUAUUUCUCUGUAGGGCCCUUCUCUGUCAUGGAGUGUUCCUGGCCAGGAAGAUACUUGGGAGUGAAACUGGAGGCGAAGGAGCCUCCUGAGGUUCCAGGCAUUCUCCGAUGGUGUUGGCCUUUCCUGUGCUGAGGGUCUGGGACUUGUGCCACCAAACAGCCCACACUGGGACUUUCCAGUAGACCAAAAGGCAUACGUUGAUGCCAGUCUGGGCAGGAAGAGCAUGCUUUGGGAAAAGCUUGUCAAUAGAGGGUGACCAGACUUGCCCAGUAUCCCAGCCAAAAGAAGAGUUCAGUUCCAGAAAGAUGAUGGAGUUGCUUGGCUGGACCCUGCGGCCAUUUCAGCUUUGAAGCCCAGAUGACUCCCGCUGGAUGGUGGCUCACAACCUGAUUCCCACCUGGUGCGGUGAAAGGGAGGUACCAUGUCCUGAAUGUGCCCAAGGCCACCUCUCAGUCCCUGCUAACUGGAACAAUAGCCUUUGUCUGCUUGCUUUGUGGGAUUGCUAUGAGGCUGAGAGGAGAGCCAGGAGCCAGCACCCUGUAGGCUGCAACCUGCUACACAGAGGUGGCCCUGUCACUGCAGGGAUGAGACUUGAGGUCACACAGGAAGCUUGCCAUAGAAUGAGCCCUCUGUUUGCCAGUCUCUGUCUUUUGUCCUGAUUUUCCUGGUUUAGAUAUCAGCCACAAUGACAAUUAGCUGUUGUGGCCUAGGUGACCACACUGGGGAGAAUGUAGGUGCUAUUGUCCAAGGAUGGGCCCCAGCAACCAGGACACAGAAGAAAUACAUGUUGUCAGUGAUAGGGGGACAGGGAGGAGCAUCCUGGACUUUUCUGGGCAGAGAUUCACCCACCUCCUAGAGCCUGCAGAAGUCAAGAAACCUGGACUCUGACCAUAGAUCAGGUUGCUGAACCCAACCUUGUGCCACCCAAGAAAUCCAAGGGUGAGAGGAAAUAGACGUUGCCUCUUCUAAGUACAAGAUUCUGUCCAGGACCUACAGAACCACCACAGCUCCUUGGAGACCUUUGGGAAUGCCCAGUCCUCUUGCUCUGUGAGCUGAACCCUGGCUGAUCCAUUCACAGGAGCUGCCGCACCCCAGAGGUAGCUCUCCCUCACCAAUGACUAAAGUCUGUGUAUGUGGCUUCCAUCCACCAGAGAGGGGCUAGGCUCCAACCUUGAACUCCCAGGACCCAGGCAGGUGCCUGCUCUGAUAUUUACUCUUUUUAAAGUUAAGGACCAAAUGAGACUCCUCUGAUUUUUAUCCACACAGCCUGUCUUGGGCCUGAUCCGGGCAGCUCUCUAAAUCCUGUCCUCCCUCCUGGCCUGAAGCAGCCUCCUGGUGGGGACAGAUCCACACCUCUGCCAUCCCCAUGCACACUGGCUUCACACGGAGGCCCGUGGGAGGGGAAGCACCCCCUCCCUCAGCCAUUACCAACCUAUCAUCCCCCAAAAGGGAAAUCACAGUCAAAGCACAGGUCCCUGGGACCCACCGUCUGCCCCAGGUACCGUGGAGGUGUUCCACACAGCCUCGCUGGGGCUGCUGCCAGGGGAAGUUGGGGAAGGGGCGAAAGGCCAGGUCUCCGGCCUUUUCCUCAUUCCUGCUUCCUCCAGAAUAACUCUGCACUUAACUCUCUUGUCUUUCAAGGUUUCACUUUUAAACUCUGCUUUGAAGAAAAGCUUCAAACCACCAUUCUGAGGUUUGAUCUUAGACCAGCAAGCACAGGCUCUCCUCUUGCUUUUUGUGUGUUGGGGUGACUCCCGCGUGCUGAUGCAAAGAUGCUUUGUGUUGGAGCACAGGUCACCAGGUCCUAGCAUUUGAACACACAUACGCUUGUUUUCUAAUUGAGCCAUGCCAAAGCUUGGGGACGAGUUGGAUGUGGGCUGGAAGGGAUGCUCAAUGAAGGGAGAACUUGGCCCUGAUAUUGACACAUGCUGCAUGGGGACCGCGGAGUCUCCACUCGGGACUCAUUCUCAGGCAAGGCCCGUGGCCCAACAGAAGGAGCAGGGUGAUGGGAGGAAAAGCUAGGGUUGGUCUCUAUACAUAGCCAAGGGGUGGGAAUCCAGGCUCACAUAAGAGCUAUACCAGAGAGGGCAUUUGUAAGGCUGGAUUCUCCAGAGAUGUUUUAGGUAUGUCUUCCUUGAGUGAAUCUCCUAGGAUUCCACUUCCACACCCGUGAAUGUCCAUGUGCACAACAGGAGGCUUUUGCGCCCCAGAGGCUGAUUCCCCUCCUGUAGUCCAUCAGCUUCCUUCCGUGCACACUCACGGGAAUUCAUCUGCACCACAGCUCACUGCUGAAACUUGGGCUAGCCUUCGGCACAGUCCUGCCUGGACCUCCUGGCAUUCUAGGUGAGGAUAUGAAGCUCAGGGCACUGCUAAUCACAUGGCCUAGGAGAAAGAUGUUUAUGUUCAGUCCAAGCGUGACUUAGGAGACCCCACUGACCUCAGGUUCCCUACGUGUAAAGGGCUAGUACCAGGCUCUGCCCACCUCACGGGGACGACCGGAAGGGAUCUAAGUGGGCAGGAAAGAGGUCCUACGAGGGGCAGCCUGUGUGAGGGAAUAGGGUCUUGCCUGGGCUGCCGACCUACAGAGCCCACAGCAGAAGAAAAAUACGAGAUAAUCUGUCUUCCCUGGGUGUCUCCACUCGGUGUUGGGUCCAGACGCCACUGCUGCCGGGCUGCCUCUUCCGAGGGGUGGAAACUGCUGUGUGUCCUGUGUGUGGUGGGGAGGGGUGGCUGGGGCAGCCUCAGGUCUGCGACCCUCUGUGACGUGAUGGUUUUUGGCACAUUCAUUCCUGGACCACAUCCAGGUCAACCUGUCGUUUCCAUGGCUGCCCUUGUUCUGUGACGUCAUUAUAGUUUAUUCUGCUCCAACAGGAUGGACGAGCAGAAGAACCUCGAACGAGAGGCCAUUAAAGGCCUUUUGUGACAGACGA